AUGACCACCGACGACUGCCGCACAUUCCAUGGCCCCAGCUGCGCACAAGCUUCCCUCGAAUCAAACGGCAAACCUGAGGACCUUGAAGAAUUCGCCUUCAACACCCCCCUGCAAACUAUUUGGGGCGACGCAUGUUGCGUCUUAUGGCGUGAUUCAUUAGGAGGGUUUUGUGUGACCAUCAAGCUAUAUGCCACAAGAGGAACGUCUGGAUUUCCACCAUUGGCUUCUGAUAUUAGUUGUCAAUAUUCGUGGGCAACUCACCAUGGAAACCUCCUGAACAUCCCGGAUAAUUAUAGCGGCUUUGGGAAUCCUACGUUAGCUACCCCAAGGUAUCCAUCUUGUCUUGUGAUAAACAAUCUCCAAUACCCCGAAUCCUACUACGGGGUCUUCCCUUCCCAAUACAACCCUAUCCAGACACCAGCAUCCCUGGAUCUCAACACAACAAUCAAGCUGAACGCAAUGACGCCACCCAUUCUAAUCAUCGGCGCCGGCCUGUCAGGCCUAACAACCGCCCGCCUCCUCACAAACGCCGGAAUCCCCUGCAUCGUCUUCGAAGCCUCCCCUCCCUCCCGCACACAAGGGUACGCCAUAUCUCUCCGCGACUGGGGCUUCAAUACCCUCCUCAAAGCCCUCGGCAACCUCCCCUUGUCUAGUCUCACGCGCGGCGUCGCACCGGACCGCCACAUCGGCGGCUGGGGCUGGCUCGACCAGUCAUGGCGCAAUAACCAGACGGGAGAAAUCAUCAUGAUGCCGCCGAGAGAGUCGAAGGACAAGCCGUCCAUCCUGCGCGCGAACCGCGAUGCUCUGAGGCAGUGGAUUGCGGAUGCGGAUGCCGGGGGCGAGGAGGAGGUUGAUGUGCGGUAUGGGCAUCGGCUUGUGGGUGUGAAACUGCGCGGAGACGGUGAGGAUGGGGACUUGGUAACGGCCGAGUUCGCAAAUGGCGCCACGUACACAGGCUCUCUCCUCAUCGCCGCGGACGGCGUCCACUCGACCGUCCGCACGCUACUCGUGCCGAGCGCAAAACCCGAGAUCCUACCUGUCCUUGUCUACCACGGUGACUUCAAGCUCAGCCGGGACGAUUACGAGCGCGUCGUCCGGCCUCACGCGGGGGAAUCAACGAUUCUCGGGGGCGUCGGCGACGGGUUCAAUACCCCGCUGACGGUCUGCAAUAUCACGUCGACAACGGUGCACAUGGACUGGUCGUACUCGCGACCCAGUGUAGAAAAUGACCCGCUCUUUAACCCAGAAAUCACGUCCGAGGAAGCGAAAGUCAUUCCUGAAGCGCUGAUUGAGGAGAUCAAUGCAAAACAAUUGGGAGUGCCGUGGUCGCUGUUCGUGAACGGAGAGGCGAUGCGUGGGCAUAGGGUGUUCAAUUGGUUGAUAAGGUGUGUGUCGAUGGAGAGGAGCGAUGUGGAUUCUUGCUCGCGGAGGGGAGUCGUCUUUGUAGGUGACUCGUGGCAUGCGAUGCCGAUUUUUGGCGGGGAGGGCGGAAAUCAUGCGAUUCUCGACGGGAUUGAGUUGGCGAAGUUACUGCAAGGCAUCUGGGCCAGAUCUAAGGAGGAUAUGCAGGCGGCGAUUAAGAAGUAUUAUGACAAGUCUUGGAGACGGUGCACUGAUGCUGUGAGGAGGUCGAAACAGAGGUUUUAUCAACUUCAUCGGCCGAUUAGUGAGUGGGUUGAGAUUGCGGAGAAGCAGAAGAUGCGGGAGUAG